AUGGAGGAGGAAGUGAUGGAGGGGAAGUUCUGGCACAUCUCUGACCUGCACCUUGACCCUGACUACAAGGUCUCCGAAGACCCAUUCCAGGUGUGCCCAUCAGCUGGCUCCCAGCCGGUGCCCAGCGCAGGCCCCUGGGGCGACUACCUCUGCGACUCUCCCUGGGUCCUCAUCAACUCCUCCAUCUAUGCCAUGAAGGUGAUCGAGCCGGAGCCAGACUUCAUCCUCUGGACGGGUGAUGACACACCUCACGUGCCCAAUGAGAGACUGGGAGAAGCAGCGGUGCUGGGAAUCGUGGGGCGCCUGACCGGGCUCAUCAGAGAGGUCUUUCCAGAUACCAAAGUCUACGCUGCUUUGGGAAACCAUGACUUUCACCCCAAAAACCAGUUCCCGGCAGGGAGCAACAACAUCUAUGAUCAGGUAGCAGAACUGUGGAGACCCUGGCUCAGUAACGAAUCCAUCGCUCUCUUCAAAGAAGGUGCCUUCUAUUCUGAGAAGUUGCCGGGACUGAGUGGGGCUGGGCGAAUCGUGGUCCUCAACACCAAUCUGUACUACAGCAACAAUGAGCAGACGGCUGGCAUGGCGGACCCCGGCCAGCAGUUCCGGUGGCUGGAAGAUGUGCUGACCCAGGCGUCCCAAGCUAAGGAGAUGGUGUACAUUAUUGGCCACGUGCCGCCAGGCUUCUUCGAGAAGACGCGGAACAAAGCGUGGUUCCGGGAGGGCUUCAAUGAGGAGUACCUGAAGGUGGUCCGGAAGCACCAUCGAGUCAUCGCAGGGCAGUUCUUCGGGCACCACCACACCGACAGCUUCCGGAUGUUCUACGAUGAUGCAGGUGCUCCCAUCAGUGUCAUGUUCCUUACCCCUGGAGUCACCCCAUGGAAAACCACCUUACCUGGAGUGGUCAACGGGGCCAACAAUCCAGGCAUCCGGGUAUUUGAAUACGACCGAGCCACACUGAGCCUGCAGGACAUGGUGACCUACUUCGUGAACCUGAGCCAGGCGAACGCGCGGGGGACCCCGCUCUGGAAGCUCGAGUACCGGCUCACCGAGGCCUACCGGGUGCCCGACGCAGGCGCCCGCUCCAUGCACGCGGCGCUGGGCCGCAUCGCCGACGACCCCGGCGCGCUGCAGCGCUACUACGUCUACAACUCGGUCAGCUACGACCGCGAGGCCUGCGGCCCGGCCUGCCGCGCCGAGCACGUGUGCGCGCUGCGCGAGGUGGCCUUCGACGCGUACGCCGCCUGUCUGCGCGCCCCCGGCGCCGCGCCCGCGCCCCGGCUCGCGCUCCUGCUCGCGGCGCUGCUGGGCCUGCGCGCGCUGCUCGCGCCCUGACCCGGGGGCUCCCGCCGGCCGCUCCCCCGCGGGGCCACGGCGCCACACGUGUCCGGCGGCCGC